UUCCUCGUCCUUUCUCUCUCUCUGUGCCCUAUUCUGUCUGUAUCUUUCCAAACGAAGUUUAUCUCAUCUCUCCUCUUUCCAGUCUCCUUCUCGCACCCCCCCUCCCCCUUUUAUUAUCUGGCUUGGUCGGGGGAGGAGUUCUAUGGACGGCUCAUCCAGAGUGAUGUCUCCUCUCAAGAAAGUUGCAGUGGCUGCCUCAGGGCAGUGAAAACAAAGUCUGGAGGGUCGACUUUGGGGUGCUUGUUUGAUUGUGGGUGGAGGGGGUGGAUUCCAAUCUCCCUAAGUCCCCUUUCCCCCGAGAGAAGCCCGAAGCUGGUAUUGCGAUGGCCGAAGGUGCGACCUGCAGAGAAGGUCCUUCCUCAUCCGAGGUGAACCAAGGCGAGGAGGAUUCUCAGGUGUGCCCAGAUUCUGCAUCCUUGGAAGGGCUACCGGCCGGGGCUGCAGGACGCCGAAGAGACCGCAGAAGUGGGCUCUCGCUGCCGGCCUCCGCGGGCACCUCAGCGGCGGACUGUGAAGCUAGCCUCCUGGAAGCUGCCAAAGUGACACCUCGGCGAAGUAGCAUUAUCAAGGAUCCUUCAAACCAAAAAUGUGGGAGGAAGAAAACCGUGUCAUUCAGCAGUAUGCCAUCAGAAAAGAAAAUCAGCAGUGCUAGUGACUGUAUCAGUUUCAUGCAGGCUGGCUGUGAGCUGAAGAAAGUGCGUCCCAAUUCCCGGAUUUACAAUCGUUUCUUUACCCUGGACACAGAUCUUCAAGCUCUUCGCUGGGAGCCCUCUAAGAAGGACCUUGAAAAAGCAAAGCUCGAUAUUUCUGCUAUAAAAGAGAUCAGGCUUGGGAAGAACACAGAGACAUUUAGGAACAAUGGACUUGCAGAUCAGAUUUCUGAGGACUGUGCCCUGUCUAUACUUCAUGGGGAGAACUAUGAGUCUCUGGACCUGGUUGCCAAUUCGGCUGAUGUAGCAAACAUUUGGGUUUCUGGUUUACGGUACCUGGUCUCUCGAAGUAAGCAACCCUUUGACUUAAUGGAAGGCAGUCAGAAUACUCCAAGGUUCAUGUGGCUAAAAACAGUAUUUGAAGCAGCAGAUGUUGAUGGCAAUGGGAUUAUGUUAGAAGACACAUCUGUAGAGUUAAUUAAACAACUCAAUCCCACCCUGAAGGAAUCCAAGAUAAGGUUAAAGUUUAAAGAAAUCCAGAAGAGCAAAGAGAAACUAACCACCCGAGUGACAAAAGAGGAAUUUUGUGAAGCUUUUAGUGAACUUUGUACCAGACCAGAAGUCUAUUUCUUACUUGUACAGAUUUCCAAAAACAAAGAAUAUUUAGAUGCCAAUGACCUCAUGCUGUUUUUAGAAGCUGAACAAGGAGUUGCUCACAUAACCGAAGAGAUGUGUUUAGACAUUAUUCGAAGGUAUGAGCUUUCUGAAGAAGGGCGACUCAAAGGUUUCCUUGCAAUUGAUGGAUUUACCCAGUAUUUAUUGUCACCGGAAUGUGAUAUUUUUGAUCCUGAGCAAAGAAAGGUGGCUCAAGACAUGACCCAACCAUUAUCACACUAUUAUAUCAAUGCUUCUCAUAACACGUAUCUAAUAGAAGACCAGUUCAGAGGACCCGCCGAUAUUAAUGGCUACGUUCGGGCUUUAAAAAUGAGCUGUCGGAGUAUAGAGCUUGAUGUAAGCGAUGGGCCGGACAACGAGCCAAUCCUUUGUAAUCGUAACAAUAUGACGACGUCCCUUUCUUUUCGUAGCGUCAUAGAGGUGAUAAACAAAUUUGCCUUCGUGGCUUCGGAAUACCCACUUAUCCUCUGCUUGGGCACUCAUUGCUCAGUAGCCCAGCAGAAAGUCAUGGCCCAACACAUGAAAAAGAUCUUUGGCAACAAGCUAUACACCGAGGCACCUUUGCCCUCUGAAGCCUACCUCCCAUCCCCUGAGAGACUGAAAAGAAAAAUAAUUGUGAAAGGAAAGAAGUUGCCUCCCGAUCAGGAUUUGAUGGAAGGAGAAGUCACAGAUGAAGAUGAAGAAGCUGAAAUGUCUCAAAAGAUGUCAGAGGACUAUAAUGGUGAACAGAAGUUGAUAUGCCUCUGUAGAGAACUAUCGGAUUUGGUUUCUAUAUGUAAAUCUGUGCAGUAUAGGGAUUUUGAAGUUUCUAUGAAGAGCCAAAAUUAUUGGGAAAUCUGCUCCUUUAGCGAGACAGAGGCUAGCAGAAUUGCCAAUGAAUAUCCAGAGGACUUUGUAAAUUAUAAUAAAAGGUUCUUAUCGAGGGUAUAUCCAAGUGCUAUGAGGAUAGAUUCUAGUAAUUUGAACCCCCAGGACUUCUGGAAUUGUGGCUGUCAGAUUGUGGCAAUGAAUUUCCAGACUCCGGGUCCAAUGAUGGAUCUCCAUACAGGCUGGUUUCUCCAGAAUGGAGGCUGUGGAUAUGUCCUCCGGCCCUCCAUCAUGCGGGACGAAGUCUCUUACUUUAGUGCCAAUACGAAGGGUAUCGUUCCGGGGGUCUCUCCUCAAGUCCUGCACAUCAAAAUUAUCAGUGGUCAGAAUUUUCCAAAACCCAAAGGAGCUUGUGCCAAAGGGGAUGUCAUAGAUCCUUACGUUUGUAUUGAAAUACACGGUAUUCCUGCAGACUGUUCAGAACAAAGGACUAAAACUGUUCAACAAAACAGUGAUAAUCCUAUUUUUGAUGAAACUUUUGAGUUUCAGAUAAACCUGCCCGAGCUUGCCAUGAUCCGUUUUAUGGUCUUGGAUGACGACUACAUUGGGGAUGAGUUUAUAGGACAGUAUACGAUACCGCUGGAGUGCCUGCAGCCUGGCUACCGACACAUCCCUUUGCGCUCUUUUGUGGGAGACAUCAUGGAACAUGUAACACUUUUUGUUCACAUAGCAAUAACCAACCGGAGUGGAGGAGGAAAGACGCCAAAGCGCAGCCUUUCAGUAAGAAUAGGGAAGAAGGUUAGGGAAUACACUAUGCUCAGGAAUGUUGGUCUGAAAACCAUAGAUGACAUCUUUAAAAUAGCUGUUCAUCCCUUGAGAGAAGCCAUGGAUGUGAGAGAAAAUAUGCAGAAUUCUAUUUUAUCAAUUAAAAACAUACAACAUACAACAUAUAAUUAUUUUACCUAUUUAAUGAACUAUAAAAAUAUGAUUCAAGAAAGCAAGCUACUUAUUGAAAUGGCAGACACCAUCCAUGAUAAGAUUAUUCAGUGUCAAAAAGCAGGGAUGGAAUUUCAUGAAGAACUUCAUAAUCUUGGAGCAAAAGAAGGCUUGAAAGGAAGAAAACUGAACAAAGCAAUUGAAAGUUUUGCAUGGAACAUUACAGUACUGAAGCAACAGCAUUCAUCCAGUGAUGCUAUAUUGCUGUGA